AUGGAUACUCACGAAGAUCCCCAGGACCAGCAAGACCUGCUCGCUCUCCUAGCACAGAAAUUAUUCAGCAAGGCUGCAUGCGAGGCCGUACUGGAAGGGCGUCUUCCAUUACCGGGACACCUUGGCAACCCAGAUGUCCGACUCUGCCUCGUAGCCGGCAUCCGCCGCCAUGAUGCCCUUGCCCGCUCUGAGCAGCUCACAAGGCUCUGCAAUCUCUCCUUUGAUGGUCCAGAUGACGUCGAUGUCGACGUGUUUGUCCGCGCCCGCAACGCCCGUCUCAUCAUGAGCGGCGAAGUGCCGCCGAUGGGCCAAAUCUCCCGGCCGAACCACCAGCCGUACUGCAUCUGGUACCCCGAUGUCGCUGCCGAAGACACGUACCGUCAACUGGCUACUCUUGUUCCAGCAAUGAGAUACCAGGUCGGCCGCGCCUGUGCCGUGGCCGGCUACGCUGACCUGUACCACGAGCUCGGUCUGCUACCCGACCCUAGCAUUGCCGAGGAAGCCCGCGAGAGCCCGCACGAAGCUUCCCGCGCAAUCUACACAUCCAUCAUGACCGCUCCUGUUCGCUAUGCUGUCAUGAACGACUAUACCCUCACCAUCACGCUCGACUCGCCCCAGCCUGGAGCCGUGCUGAAUGCCGAUACUGCCGUCUUGUCUACGCUGGCAGCCAGGUACAAAUUCGAAAAGACGAUACACAGGGCCGCGCCGCAAUACUACUUCAACAUCACAGAGGAUCUUGGCGUCGGCAUGGAGCAGGUAGACCCCCAGCCGGCAAUCCUCGCGCCUCACGAGGCCGCUUUGCUCACGCAGCCCCUACCACGAGAUCUGCCUACGAUACACAAAGACUUGCUCAUUCUCGUCGCCGCGUACGAAGGCAAUGUCGACCGCUACGCCCGCUUGCGACGUCCUGGCCGCAGCGUUGCAUAUGAGCUUCAUUGCCUGGUGCCUGGGGUCCAUCGCAAUACAGCGAUGGCCAUGUGGUUGAGCCGGCACCCCGAGAUAAUCAAGGUAGUCGAAGAUGACUGGAAUUGGGUUCCACGCGCCCUGCACAGGGCCAUCAAUGCCCGGCACGUCAUGAACGGCUACACAGAUCAUCUGAUGCCCACAGCGGACCCCUUCGUCCCUGACGACGAGCUGCCCUACUGGAUCUGGUACCCGACGAUACCUGCUCCCAGUAUCCUUUACAAGCUUGCCCAAGCCAGACCCGCCAUGCGCCCCCAAUGUGUGCGGGCCUGCAUUGCUGGGGAUUUCAAAAAUACGUAUACCGACAUCAUGAACGAUUACGGGCCGGACGAGUUUGAGCGAGACAAGCGACACGACAGGGUGCCACUUCCCGCUGUGCUCGCCAUAAACGUGGAGGCAGAGCGCUCCGUGAGCCACGAGUGGUAUCUUGAAGACUUGAGCAGACGCCGCGAAGAGCUCGGCAUCACACCCAACAGGCCGUCUCGCAGGGGGCGCAACACCACAAGGUGGCAACUCGAACAUCCCUGGAUGGUCGGGGAUCAGUACUCGGGGGAAGACCUUCUUGCGGGCGGUCUGACUGAUGAUGCGCAGUGCAUCGUCCUCGAGGGCCAGGACUGGGGCAUGUGGGAACUCCUUGGGGCCGAGCUGGGCCGUGUCAGGCGAUUCUCCAUGGUCAUUGUGCGUCAGACAUCAAGUGAAAAGAACCAGCAAGGUGAUGGGGGUCCCUCUGGACCAAUGGCGCAUAUACGGGGACUUCGAUCCAGCUGUCGCGUGGGCAUGACUGCUGUUGCGCUGUUAUUGUCGUUAUCCACAGUUUUGGCCGCCGAUGUGGACGUCGUCACCCCGUUGCUACACAAUGUCCAGCUCCAAUACUGCCCACAGGCUUGCGAGUUUGCAGGCCCAGAUCCGGCAGGGUGGACAACCUAUCACAGUAUGACCGAACUCGAGCUCUGCCAAGAGUCGCCAGUCCUGUUUGUCUUGGCCAUUGAUGCCGACCCGGAGCAUACACGGAUAAAGGCAUGCAGCACGCUAUCGGCCGGCCCUCAAAUGCAGGUCGGGGCGUUCUACGGCCUGCUCAACAACAACGUGACGGCGCAGCCCUCUCCAGAGAUCAUCAUGUCCGAGUUAGCGCUCGGAUCCGGCGAUGAAGAGGGCGGUCGCGAGGGAGCAAACGCUAGGAUGGCUCGCAUCAUGGCCGCGCGAGCGGACAUCAGCGGAGCCGUGUGUGGCCUGGCGAAAACCCACCGCGCCACGCUCGAAAUAAAGACACAGUGGUGGUCGACCUCGUCACAGCACGGAACAGUCGGCACAAGCGCAAGCAGCGGCGGCGGCAUCGCAGAUGCACUGGCAAAGCUCCAGAGGCACUGGGCUAGCGGCGACGCUGGAUGUGGCUACUCGGUCAUGUUUGCACGCUCCGGUGCAAGUGUUGCAACCGUCAUUGCUGGAGGCGACCUGGUCAACUCUGGCGUGGCCGACCUGAUAGACAACAUCGCUGGGCUGCAUGACGACGGCGGAAAUGGCCGUCUCGCCGCACAGGCAUGUGGGCCUCCGCCCGCAGAUGAGGCUGAGGAUUCCACGGCCAGCCUGGCUCGCAUCUUCUUCGACACUCGAUUUGGCCUUUUUGCAGAUGAGGGUGGCGAUGUGGCAUUUCUGCAAGACUCUGUCAAGCGGUACAUGCGCAGCCAGCAGGACUGCAUUGAUUUUGCGGGUGUCGUUAGCGGCUCGGACACAAGCUUGCGGUCCGUCACCGUUCUCGGAGACGCGCUGGAUCUCGAACUGGAGCCGGUGCUGGCGCCAGCGCUGGCCUCUGGAGCUCCUAGUGCCCACCACCGGCAUGGUCGGCAUGGGCCGGGCAUGGCGCAUACACACCAGCAUCAGGCACUGCACCGCCGAGCGACAUGCCGAGACACCCAGGUUGUCUCGGGAGACACGUGCCCGAAGCUCGCAGCCAGGUGUGGGAUUACGAGCAAGGAGUUCAUGGUGUACAACGGCUUGCGCAACAGCACCGACUUCUGCAACAACCUGGCGGUCAAGCAGUAUGUCUGCUGCAGCGCGGGAGACCUGCCCGAUCACACUCCGCAGCCCAACGCGGACGGAACAUGCCAGACGUACACGCUCGCCAUGGGAGACGGCUGCUGGGCCAUCGGAGAUAAGUUCGGCGUCACCGAGGCCUGGAUCGAAGAGGUCAACGCCCGGACGUUCGGCUUUGCCGGCUGCGGAAAGCUCGCGCGCGCGCAGGUCAUCUGCAUCAGCAAGGGAGACCCGCCGAUGCCCGCGUACGAUCCAUCGGCCGUCUGCGGACCUUGGGUCGUCGGCACAAAGCGCCCGGCCAAUUAUGACGACGUGCCUCGGCUCAAUCCGUGUCCCCUUAAUGCGUGCUGCGACGUUUGGGGUCAAUGUGGUACCACGGCUGAGUUUUGCACCAAGAGCGAGGUCAACGGGCAUGUCGGGACCGCGAUGCCAAGCACCAAUGGCUGCAUUUCCAACUGCGGCACUGACAUCAUCAAUAACGGAGCCGGCCCGGCCUCGUUCGCCAAGGUGGGCUAUUUUGAAGCCUGGAACAAGAACCGCCCCUGCUUGAGGAUGGAUGUGACGCAAAUUGACCUCAGCGCAAUCACCCACAUCCACUUUGCGUUCGCCGGCAUAUCCUCGCCAGACUUCAAGGUCACCUUGGACAAAGACGUGCAGGAGCAAUUUGACAAGUUCAAGAACAUGGACUCCAAGGGCGUCAAGAAAAUCCUCAGUUUCGGCGGCUGGUCUUUCAGUACGGACUAUGAUACGGCGCCCAUCUUUGGAACUAGCGUCUCGGCGGCGAAUCGGCAGACUUUUGCAACAAAUGUAGUACAGUUCCUGAAGGACAACAACCUGGAUGGUCUCGACUUUGACUGGGAGUACCCAGGAGCGACUGACAUCCCAGGAUCUGUACCCGGAAGCCCGACCGACGGUGCCAACUACCUGGCCUUUCUACAAGCAGUCAAGAGCAAGCUCCCGGUCGGGAAAACAGUCUCAAUUGCUCUCCCAGCUUCGUACUGGUAUCUGCGGGGAUUUCCAGUCAACAAGAUGGCCACAAUUGUGAACUAUUUUGUUUACAUGACGUACGACCUGCAUGGGCAGUGGGACGCUGGGAGCAAGUGGUCGAACCCGGGCUGUCCGACUGGCAGUUGCCUCCGAAGCCAUGUCAAUCGUACAGAAACGAUCAACGCGCUCAGUAUGGUUACAAAGGCCGGUGCCAGAACGAACCAGAUCAUGCUGGGUGUCUCAAGUUACGGGCGCAGCUUUCGCAUGAAAGACCCCAACUGCACAGGCGUCGACUGCCUUUUCACGGGGUCCAACACUGCGAGCGAGGCCCACCCAGGCUCGUGCACGCGGACUAGGGGCUAUAUCUCUGAUGCGGAAAUUGCCAAUAUCAUUGCGGCAGACGAGACUGGGAGAGUCACAACAUGGUUGGAUCAGCGGUCGGCUUCGAACAUCAUGACCUGGGACGGCAACUGGGUCGCGUACAUGGACAAGGACCAAAAGCUGGCGCAGACGCGAUGGGCAGAGGCGUUGAAAUUGGGCGGGACGACAGACUGGGCCAUCGACUUACAGACGUGGCACGAAGCUGUCGCGGGCGAUACAUCAGGUGGCGAGAAUAUAUACGGCAAGGUUGUGGAGUGCACAGCAACUUUCAACAGCCUCGACGCUCUGGAACUCUCUGCCUCCGCCGGCUCGGUCCCUCCAUCUUGUCUGCCAAUAUACCUGCUCGAGACACUUACGACUGAGCUUGACCACAUCAUCGCUACAUACGAGGACACAAAUAACAAUUAUGAAGGCAAGUUCGCCCAUUACGCCGACUACGUCGCGAGCCUGGUGGAUCCGAAGCUUAAUGUGUGGAUGGACAACUUCAACUACGACGAGACAGAAAAGAAAGGGCUUGGCAACAAAUACUUCAACUGCAAAUACAAAUCGGCGCUGGCAAGCGGUUGGGAGUACGAGGGCCCUUGCCCGGUCCCUAGUCGCGCGAUGCAACAGGGCGGUCAGGGCGACCCGGAGCACGAUCCCGAAUCGUGGACCAUUACUUACACUCUGCGCGACGAGCAGGGGUACAAAAAGGCACUUUCAGACGACCUUGGAAUAUCUCCAGAUUGGAUAGUCUGGGGUUCUCGGGAUCGCGGCGUGCCUCACGUGUGCGAACGUCCGACCCUAUGUACCGACCAGUAUCAUCAAUACCUCAACGGGAACUUCCCGCGCAAGGCCCAACAGAUCACUGUGACUGAUCCCAAAACCAUCUGGGACUCGGCCAUGGCCAAUAUCGGCGGUUUACGCGACCAGUUUGCUGCCGCAAUCCUCAGUGUCAGCCUUGGCCUGUACGACCCCAAGCACGAUCCCAUGGAAGCUGCCAUUGCCUUGGCCGUUCCGGUGCAAAUGCUUGCGCAGGCGCGCCAGAGUAUGGAACAGGUCAAGGAGAUCGGCGGCGAGAUUGAAGAACGGGAGAAAAAGGAGCAUAUUCUGCUCAUCGUCACAAUUGUGCUGAUGGUGUUCCCCUUUGUAGCCGAAAUUGGUUUGGAGAUUGCGGGUCUGGCCACCAUGGCAAGGUUGGCCAUGAUCGCUGGAGAGAUCGCCAACGGUGCCCUGUCUGUGAUUGACAUUAUGGAAGAUCCUUCCUCGGCGCCUAUGGCCAUCAUGGGGAUGCUCUUGGGCGCUGCGGGAGCUGGCAAAGGCAAGACACUAGAGACAAACAUGGAAGAGGCGGUCAAGACUAAGAACCUCAUGGACGCUGGCGCUGUGGCGAAGAUGGGUAAUACAUUCAAGAUCAUGGAUGAUAAAGUCAGAGAAAUCAGCAAGUCUUGUUCAAGGUAG